AUGUUUGGCACGGCGCUUCGCUCGGACGCUUCUCUCGUCGCUCGGCGGUUGGCGACCCUUCUCUCGUCGCGCGGCCCUUCGCACGGCGGUUGGCGGCACUUCUUCAACCACCCUCCCUGGAUCCGCGAGGAGCAGAGGAGCGACGGCGGAACGACGGUGGCGCGGAGCGACGGCGGUGCGUCGGAGCAGAGGAGCGGUGGCGCGGCGAUGGAGCGGAUCGGCGGACAUCGGAGCAAAGGAGCGGCGGACCUGCGCUGGAGUUUGACUCCUACCCCCUCCCCCGUUCCCCCUCCCUUUGUCAAGCAUUCGGGAGGAACUGCAAUUCUCCCCGCUAUUUCCUCGUUCUCCCCCACUCUCUUCCCCGCUUUCAUUUCGUAUCCUUACUGCUCACCCCUCAUAUCCGCUCUGCUCGUUGCUCAAUUCUCCCCGCUCUCCCCCCCUUACCCCCAGUCCUCCCCCCUCCUCCCUGCUUUCAUCUCGUCUCCUUACCACUCACCCCGCAGGUCCCCUCUGUUCGUAGCCUUUCCAGCCAUUCAACCGUGGUCUCUCCCUAUAUCCCCCCGCCCGUUUCCCUCCUCUCUCCCCUUCUCACCCCUCCUUUCCUUCCAACACUCACCCCCUCUUCCCCACAACACCCACGCCUCACCCAAUAUUUUAAACUUCCUCUUUCCCUGCCCUGCCCUCUACGCCUCUCCGUUCUCCCCGCAUUUCCUCCUCCCGUGCACCCCUUAUCCCCCCCCCCCCCCCCCCCAUUUGUUCAAUCUGCCUUUCCCUGGCACGAUUUCUAACCUGAAUCAGGCGCGUGACGUGGUGCUGUUGCCGUUUCCAGAGGCUCCAAUGGGCCAUCAAGUGGCGGGACGCGCGGCAUCAAAUGGCGGGAGGCGGGGCAUCAGAUGGCGGGUCGGUGCAACCUCCUCCCCCCCCCCCCUCCCAUCUCUCUCUGCUCCUUCCUCAUCUCCUUACCGCUCACCCCUCAGAUCCCCUCUGCAUUUCGCUCUAUUCUCCCCGCUCUCCCCCCUUUCCCCCCUCCCUCCCCACUUUCAUCUCAUCUCCUUGCCACUCACCCUCAGGUCCUCUCUGCUCUUUUCUCAAUCCAACCCGCUCUCCCCCCUCCCCCCUCCUCUCUCCCCGCUUUCAUCUCAUUCUUCAGCUCCUCUCUGCUCUUUGCUCAAGUCUCCGUGCUCUCCCCUCGUUUCCCACCCCCCACCCCCUUUCCCCUUCCCUUCCUCCCCGCUUUCAUCUCAUAUCCUUGCCACUCCCCCUCAGGCCCUCUCUGCUCAUUUCUCAAUUUUCCGCUCAUGCCGUCCCACCCGCUCCAGACCCACCUCCCCCUACGCCCACCCUUUUUGUUCCCCAACCUCUGCCCGAACCUGCACCAACAGGCCCGGUCGGACCUCUCCCUCACCAAACCGCCGAAUCACUUCCGCCUGA